AUGAACGGGUUGUGCCUAUUCCAACAUUUGGAUUUUCUAAAAUCAACUCCUACUACACUGAUAAUCUAUAUGUUAGAACCGCGCACAGCUCUGACUGCAACUCCCAUUACACUGAUCAUCACUGCUACUACAGCGCACAGCUCCCUGACUGCAACUCCCACUAUACUGAUCAUCUAUUCUAUAGCUGUGCACAGCUCCCUGACUGCAACUCCCACUAUACUGAUCAUCUAUUCUAUAACUGUGCACAGCUCUCUGACUGCAACUCCCACUAUACUGAUCAUCUAUUCUACAACUGGGCACAGCUCCCUGACUGCAAUUCUCACUACACUGAUCAUCUCUGCUAUUACUGCAUACAGCUCCGUGACUGCAACUCCCACUACACUGAUCAUCUCUGCUACUACUGUGCACAACUCCCUGACUGCAACUCCCACUAUACUGAUCAUCUAUUCUAUAAAUGUGCACAGCACCGUGACUGCAACUCCCACUACACUGAUCAUCUCUGCUACUACUGUGCACAGCUCCCUGACUGCAACUCCCACUAUACUGAUCAUCUAUUCUAUAACUGUGCACAGCACCGUGACUGCAACUCCGAUUACACUGAUCAUCUCUGCUAUUACUGCAUACAGCUCUGUGACUGCAACUCCCACUACACUGAUCAUCUCUGCUACUACUGCGCACAGCUCCCUGACUGCAACUCUCACUAUACUGAUCAUCUAUUCUAUAACUGUGCACAGCACCGUGACUGCAACUCCGAUUACACUGAUCAUCUCUGCUAUUACUGCAUACAGCUCUGUGACUGCAACUCCCACUACACUGAUCAUCUCUGCUACUACUGCAUACAGCUCCCUGACUGCAACUCCCACUAUACUGAUCAUCUAUUCUACAACUGGGCACAGCUCCCUGACUGCAAUUCUAACUACACCGAUCAUCUCUGCUAUUACUUCUUACAGUUUCGUGACUGCAACUCCCACUAUACUGAUCAUCUCUGCUACUACUGCGCACAGCUCCCUGACUGCAACUCUCACUAUACUGAUCAUCUAUUCUAUAACUGUGCACAGCACCGUGACUGUAACUCCCACUAUACUGAUCAUCUAUUCUAUAACUGUUCACAGCACCGUGACUGCAACUCCGAUUACACUGAUCAUCUAUGCUAAUGCUGCACACAGCUCCCUGACUGCGACUCCUACUACACCGAUCAGCUAUACUAUUACUGCAUGCAACUCCCUGACUGCAAAUCCCACUACCCCAAUCGCUAUACUAUUACUGCAAGCAGCUCCCUUACUGCAAACCCCACUACGCUAUAAUAUCACUGAGUGCAGCUCUCUGACUGCUGAUCCCUUUACCACUAUACAGGAUGCUGUCAUGGUUUGCAAAUCCCACCACUCCUAUCAGCUAUCCUAUCAGUGA